CCAACUGCAUCUGCACAGCCAAAGCCAUCUGGGUCCCGUUCAAACUCGAGAGCAGACGCACCAUCCUGGGAACCACUGGGUAUCUCCAGAACAUGGCAAGCAGUGGAUACCUGAGUCGCCUGCUGGCUGAAGAGGGAGCAUGGGAGGCGUUUGUAUCUAAGACCAAGUUGCCCAGGGAUAGGGCGGCAGCCCUCCACAAAGCUCUACGGGAUUUGAUGGCACUCUCGGCCAUAGCAGACAGAGACAGACGUCAAAAAGGCCUGAAAGGCAGGGAGAAGUUUUCGAAAGCAUUUCCUCGCUUGAAAGCAGAGGUGGUGGGGCACAUCAGCCAGCUCCACACCCUCGCUGACCAGGCUGAGGAGCUGCACAGGGGCUGCACCAUCUCCAACGUGGUGGCUGGCUCCUUCAGUGCUGCCUCCGACAUCCUGGGCCUCCUUGGUCUCUUUCUGGCCCCUGUGACAGCAGAGGGAAGCCUGGUGUUCUCAGCGACUGGCUUGGGGCUGGGGGUAGCAGCUACUGUGACUAAUGUGGCUACUUCAGUCAUGGAGGAAGCAAGUAGAGUUUUGGUUGAAGUUGAAGCCGGUCACCAAGCUUCGACUGGCAUGCAUGUGCUGGAGGAGGCUGGCACAAGUAUGGCUAGGAUUGCCAGCCAGGUCCCUCAGGCUACCAGAGAUAUCACCAGAGACCUGGCAGCCCUUGAGCAACACAUGAAUGCCCUCAGGCUGGUUAGAGCCAACCCUCAAUUGGAAGAAGAUGCCAGGAUCUUAACCACCACGGGAAGCAUCCCUGCCCAACGGGCUAGGCAGGUGCAGACCAGUCUGAAAGGAACCCCUCUGGCCAUGAGCGAUGAAGCCCGGAUCCGCAGUGCCACCACCACAGGUGUCGCCCUCUUGCGUGACGUGGGCAACCUUGUGAAAGAGUCAAAACAUUUGUACGAAGGAUCUGUGUCAGAGUCAGCUGAAGCACUGAGGAAGCUGGCCCAAGAGCUAGAGGAGAAACUGGAAGAGCUCAUCGAAUUCUACAAGACGAUCUGAUCAGGCUCCAGUCGGUCACCCCAUCCCCAAGACAUGCCGAGGUCAGGGGAGAGGACCUGGACAGAGGUAGAGACAAUGGAGACCCUGUUAGAGGGAGAGCAAGACUGCAGUCGGGUCCAAGGGACGGGGUGUGCAGGCCUGCUGCUGAACACAGCAAGGCCAAGUGAGACCCACUGGAGCCUGAGAGGAGGGACCAGAGGAUGUGCAGCAAGAGGGACCGGGAAGGUCGAACUCUGGACUAAACAUGGAAGAAGCCAGUUAAAAGAAGGACUAGAAAUCCCUCCCCAUAUGAGCUACUGCAGACAAGACCCCACAAAAUGCAAACCAGAGAGGAAGGCGUGCGCUCUGUAAACAAGUCAUGAGCUCCCAGCCCUGUGCUUUAGAGACUAUGCUUUCCCCAGCUCCCCAGUCCACCCCCAUCCCCAGCCGUCCCCUAA